AUGAGACCGGACCCAUCGCGGACCGAACGAACUGGCGCCCCCGACUAUGACGACCCGUCCUACUGGGACACGAAGUUCGCGACCGGCCAGGAUAUCGGGGAAUGGCUGAAUCCAGGCGAAGUCCUGCUUGAUGCUCUCCUCUCGUUCCUGGAGGACCGACCCACACCCAAACCAGAGCACGCGACACCACGAGUACUCCAUCUGGGGCCCGGUGUGUCGAAACUGGGAACGAGGCUGCGCGAUGCAUUCGUGACAAGAGGCUGGACGGGCAAUGGAAUUGUUAAUGUCGAUUUCUCCUCCGAAGCUGUUCGUCUAGGUCAAGAGGUUGAAAAUAAACAGGAACCGUCGCAAGCGAUGCACUGGAUCCAGGCUGAUCUCCGAUCGUGGACCGAUGUCUCGCGACUCCUUCCUUUUGCCCCGUAUGAUGCCAUCCUCGAUAAGAGUACUAGCGACGCUAUUGCGACAUCGAGCCCUGUUACCUUGUCUCCGACGCUAGAUAUGUCUGGCAUUUGUCCUAAGGUACAGGAUAUUCUUCCGCCUGAAGGAGAGACAACAUUGUCCCCGACGGAGCUUCUUGCGCUGCACCUGGCGCCGUUGACAAAGAGGGGUUGCAAAUGGUUUGUGCUCUCGUAUUCGACAAUGAGGUUUGACAAUGUGCCUCACCUAUUUGAGCACUGGGAGGUUGUUGCGCGCACUCCUUUCGAGGCACCAAGCGGCUCGACAGUAACAAAGGCUUAUACACCGCCGGUUUAUCAUUGGCUUUAUGUUUUGCGGCGCAAAUAG